CACCAUCGCUCUCCAUUAGUUUUCUCAUUCGUUUGUUCGUUUCUGUGGUGCAAGAAGGAAAAGUCGAAAAAGUACCGCAAAAUCACACAAAUCGUAUCGUAGAACAUCCAUCAAUUCACACACACAGCCGUUCGUGGAAUUUACAUUGCGAUCACCUCUGUUUUCCGCGGAACACUCGCUGUCUUCUCUUUGUUCCCGUUCGUCGUUUUCCCACAAAAAAAAACAGGCACACGCAAAAGAGAGAGGGCCGAAGGCGAACAAUAGUGCAUUAGCGUUUGGAAUCAUCUGCUCAAUUAGGAGUGAAAACUAAUUAGUUGCUUCAUCUCGACAUUUCGCGCGAGCUUUACGAUGACUGGCGCAGUUUUUUAGCACCUAAACAAAUAAGUCUGUUAACGUGUAAAGAGUUUGGGAUUUUAGGUGCCGUACCGCAUGGCAGCCCUCAUCGUGUCACGUGUUCUCAUACCUGGUGAUCGGAUUUCGCCAAUUCUCCGUGUACCUGUGAGGAGAAAACCGAAGGAUUCAAGUUCAAAGGUUUUCCGCAUGCUCGCCUCACAUUUAGAUCCAUUUAGGCGUCAAUUUCGCCGUGAUUUAUCGGAAUGGAUGUCAAUAGACCCCAUCAAGACAAUAGUAACAAUCAAUCAGCUGGUUACUGCAAUAGUUCUGGUGUUGGCAAGGCAAAUGGCGGAGGGAAGCUCCUGCAGCAGCCGCCGGUUGUCAGCAACGGGCGCUGGAAAGCCGGCGAGGACAAGCAUAGGGGCUGCAACGGAGCACCAGGAGUGGCUGGAGCCGGAGGAGUGCUUAAUUGCGGAUCCCAGUGUGAGAGUGUAACCAUUUUGGCUUCAAGUAAUAGUGCGGGAAGUGGUGGCAUCGAUGAUCCAGAAACUAGAGAUCCUCCAUCCAGUGAGGAGAGUGAAAUCGCGACGGGAAUCAGUGAUUGUGGCACAGUAAAGCUGGAGGAUGUUGAGAGUGUGUUCAGUGGGGGUGUUUCCCAGGGGGGCGGCAGUCAGGAGACCACCAUCGAUGUGAGCGACGAGAAGUGCGAGGAGAUCAAGCCGCUGCUCAUUUUCGAUCAUCACUCGGAGAAGUAUCCGCGCAAGCUGCCGAAGAGUAUUGUUAAGUCGCCGUCGACGCAGAGUUUCAAGGCGGAGUCAUUCCACAGGAGGUACCAUGAGAAGCCCAGGCUGAGUUUGCAGUGUGGUGGCGGAGACACGGAGCGUCCGGUGCUGCAUGUGCAGUUCUUGCAAGAGAAGGGAAAGGCGGGAUCCAAUCCCAGAGUGGCGCAGAGUGGCGAGGAGGAAAGGAGCGAGGCGUGUGGCAGUCCAAUUGGCAGCAUCACUUCGCGCACGUCGGGCUCCAGCAGCACGAGCUCGUCGGAUGAGGAGAACAGCUCUCUUGGGCAGUAUGCAGAGGCGCGAGCGCCGGACGGCGGCUGGGGAUGGGUUGUCGUGGCUGCGGCUUUCAUGGUGAAUCUCAUUGCGGAUGGCAUCACGUUCAGCUUUGGGGUGAUUUUCGUGGAGUUCCUCAACUACUUCCGCGAGGGAAAGGCUAAGACGGCGUGGAUUGGAUCCCUGUUCAUGGCAAUGCCUCUCCUCUCUGGACCAAUUGCCUCCUUUCUCACCGAUCGCUAUGGCUGCCGACGCGUCACUGUAGCCGGCUCUAUCCUGGCCGCCGUGGGAUUCAUGAUAUCCGCAUUCUCCACGUCAAUGGAGAUGCUCUUUUUCACAUUUGGAAUCCUCGCGGGCUUCGGAUUGAGCUUGUGCUACGUGGCCGCGGUAGUGAUAGUUGCUUACUAUUUCGACAAGAGGAGAUCCUUUGCCACGGGAUUGUCGGUGUGCGGCAGCGGCAUUGGCACAUUCAUCUUCGCGCCGCUCACGCAAGUUCUCCUGGAGGAGUACGGAUGGCGAGGAACGACACUUAUUCUCGCUGGGGUGUUUCUCAAUAUGACAGUGUGUGGGAUGCUGAUGAGGGAUCUCGAGUGGACGACGCACAGGGCGAAGAAGACGCGUGCUAAGGAGAAGUUGAGGAAGAGCAAGAUGGGAAUUUCUGCGGAUUCGAUGAGCAACAGCACGAACACGGGCGGAACGGCGAGCAAUCACCAGCACGGAUCGGGAUCAGGGAAUCACGAUCCAGAGGAGGAGUUCUACAGUGAUCAUCUGAAAGUGAUUGAGUCGGACGAUUGUCGGCAGUUCAGCUCACUGAUAGCGCUGCCGACGUUCGUGCGAACGGGCGAGAAAGUGCCUCCGGAGGUGCUUGAGCUUCUGUCGACGCACAAAAAUGCCCUUUUGCUGCACAACUAUCAAGGCAUGAUGCACUCGCGUAGCUUCAAUGAGCCUCUAUCAACGGCAAUGUCUCCGGAAGGGGCACUCAGCCCGUCAAAUCCCGAUCGGAGUCCAUCGGCGACCAUGGCGAGGAAUCAGUCUCGAAAACAGCGCCUGCAGGGCAACGAGCAGGAGUUCCUGGACAUCCUCAAGCGGGACACCCAUCAGAGUCGUGAGAAGCCGACAAUGGCGUACUUGAAGGACUUGCGAAUGCAUCGGCACUCACUCACUUAUCGUGGCGCCAUGCUGAAUAUAAAUCGCUAUCGAUUGCGCGCCUCGUCCUGUCCGGACAUCUACAGGAACUCCAUGACGACCAUUGCGAAGGAGAAGAGUCAGUGGUAUCACGGGAUAAGUGAGUUCAAGAAUCUUUUCGUCGAUAUUCUCGAUUUCUCUCACUUCACGGACAUUCGCUUCCUGCUGUUCGCCAUCUCGAACUUCCUGCUGUACACUUGGUACGAUGUGCCCUAUGUGUAUUUGGCGGACAACGCCAUUGGGAUUGGUUUCUCGGAGACGGACGCGUCUGUACUCAUAUCUAUCAUUGGCAUUGUCAACAUGUUUGGUGAGAUAUGCCUCGGGUGGAUUGGGGACAGAAAGUGGGUGAAUCCCACACUGGUCUAUGCACUGUGCAUGGCACUUUGUGGGGCGGUUGUUGGACUUGUGCCACUACUCCGAUCGUAUCAGGCACUUUCGGCCAUCUCUGGGGCCUUUGGACUCUUUAUUGCGGCUAAUUAUUCACUUACCAGUAUUAUUCUGGUGGAAUUGAUCACUUUGGAGAGAUUCACAAACGCCUAUGGACUGCUGCUGCUUGUGCAGGGAAUUGCUAAUCUCGUUGGACCUCCUCUGGCGGGCUGGAUUUUUGAUAUUACCGGAACUUAUGAGUGGUCUUUCUACCUGGCCGGAUUGUUCAUAGCCGUCUCGGGUGGAAUGCUAGUGAUUCUUCCGGCUCUGGGGAAGUACAGAAGUUACAGGGCACUGAAGCGACAGAAUUCGGAGAGCAAGAAUGAAGCACCAUCUAAUUCUACGGAUUGUCCUUCGGAUAAAUCGAAUGGAACAACUAUUCUUAGUGACUGUUUUCGUAAAGACUUGGGCAGAGGUAAUGGGAAAAUUGACCACGUCUAGGCUAGUUGGUGGAUUGUGAGCGGCAUCGAUGGACUAAGCCAAUUACCUUGUUGAUAUACAGUUAAAAGUUUUUUGCAUCGUGUAAUGUACACACGACUAGGAGGAUUAAUAUUAACACACAAGUAUUGAAGAUGUAAAUAUGCGGAAGAAAUAAUCUGUCUGCAUAUUAGUUUAGGAAGUACUUGAAGAAAAAGACCUCUCAAUAUCGCGAGGGGCGAUUUAUUCGAAUGAAAAGUUUCUUGAUUUAGCGAAUUGAAUUGACAAACUCCAUUUAAAAGUUGUUCUAGAGUGUGAUUUUCGCACACAAUUGAGAGAAACCUUUCUAUGAAAUCUUCACUGUUGAUAUUUGGAUUGAUGACGCGAUAAAAGACGAAAAUAUGAUGAAAUUAGUGAUCUUCCUCUUGCUUAAUAACUAAAGAAAAAGAAAACACAUUGACACAAAUCGAGAAAAAGAUAGAAUGAAAGUAUGAGAAUUAUACCAAUUAGUGAUCAAUCACAACAGCGUUCGAAUUAUUCUAUGAAUCUAGUGAAGUAAAGAUGCAAACAGAAAGGAGUAAAAAAAGCCCCUAAUUAUAGAUUAAAUCCCGAAGGUUUUUCCUUGUUUUUAUUUUACUUUACAAUUCGCUAUUGUGCGGUGAAGUAUGAUAAUUCUGUAAUUUAUGAACUGUGAUCAUUAAAAGAAGAUGAAAGCAUGAGGGGACGUGAAAUUAUGGGGAAUGGGAUCCAAAAAGGGCGAAUAAUAUGAUUUUCAUAUGGUGAAAUUCUCAAUUGGAUAAUGAAAAAAUUGCGAUGGAGAAAAAUAUUUUUAUAGGUGACCCAAAAAUCAUCCCUUUUGAGAAAUAUGUAUUUGCAAAAGAUUACUUCAGCAAAAUAAAACUGAAUUCAUGAGAAGGAAGAGGGAAAGAGAGAGAUAAAAAUUAUGCACAACUUCUUGCAAUAAAUUACUCGAUGAGCAUAAAGAAUUUUACAUUAAAAUAAAUCGUAUAUUUAAUACAAAUAUAAAAGAUAUGAUAUUGGAUGUGUCUUGCAGUGCGGAAACAUAUGAUUUUUGGUAAUGAGCAACUCGAGAAGAAGUCUGACAAAGAAUCAAGAUUUUGCUGAAUGUUUAUUUUGUGCUAAAGUAGAAAUUUUAGGAUAGAAUUGCGUGUGAGAUUUCAUUUUCCAAUGUACCGACGAUCCUUUUAGUUGUUGUGAGUGCGAGAUGAAGGGUGAUUAUGUGUUUCAUAUAAUCGAUUAAUAUGAAUUCUAAUUAAUGUGCGUCAUAUAUAUUGAUGGUCGUGAGUAAUUGAAGAAAUUAAAAUGAAAACCAGAUAGAAAAAAAAGUAUGAAAAUCGACAAAAUUACCUUUUCUCAAUAUUUUAUAUACAAAUAUAUUUGAUGUUUCAUAAGAAUAUGAAGUGAAUUAAUCACUGGGAAAUGUGAAGAGAAUGAUAUGAUAUUUUUCUCAACUUUAUUUACCCUCCUUUCGAUCAAGUACUUGAGAAGAAGAAGCUACAAUUUCAUAGUUGAGCUAGAAUUGAACUCCACUUUAAAAAUGAUAUAAGAGAUAUAUUAUUGAAAUAUGAUACCAUUCUUAGCUCUAAUCGAUACACAUUUGAGUGAAAAUUUGAAGGAGAAAUAAAUACACAGCAAGUAUGAGAAGUACAUCUCACAAAAAAAUAUUAAAUACUGUUUAAGUAGCGAAAUCUCUGGUAAAUAAACUUGAAAAUGAGAAAUGAUA